CACCCUUCUUCCCCAUUCUUCUCAAGCUCCCUUUUUUCUUCUUCGUCCUGAUUUUUCUUUGCAGCAGAUGAACAAUCUUAGACUACCAUAAUCUUGGAUGUAGAAUUUUUAUUGGGUAAUGAUGAUGUAGCAAAAAAAAAAGUGAGACAAAUUGGUUGCUUAUUUACUUCUUGAAUUCGGUUUUGAGUUCUUUCUUUAUUUUUAUUUUUAUUUUUUUGAGUUUUUGCUUGUUGGGUUUUGGUUGAUGGGUAAGAAGAGGGAAGUAGUAUUGAAAAAGGAGAACAAACAUGGGGAAGUUGGAAGGGAAGGGUGGUUGUACAGUUGUAUACUACAACCUUGUACAAGUUUCUCUAGUUUUGGCCAAGGCAGCUCUUCUUCCUACAAGUGAAAUUGCAUCAUUCACUCUUUUCAGCUCUUAAAGUUUCCAUUCAAACACACAAAGCAAAAAACUUUUAAGAGGAAGAAGAAGAAGAUCCUGUUUUUAAGAGUUGUUUUCAGUUCUACAGACAUGAAGAGACUUGGCAGCUCUGAUUCGUUGGGAGCUUUAAUGUCCAUGUGCCCAACCUCAGAUGAAAGCAGUCCGAGAACCAACCAUGUCUACGGUAGGGAGUUUCGAUCCAUGUUGGAUGGAUUGGACGAAGAUGGCUGUGUGGAAGAAUCCGGCCAUGUCGCCGAGAAGAAACGCCGGUUAAGCGUAGAUCAAGUCAAGGCCCUGGAGAAGAACUUUGAGAUCGAAAACAAACUUGAACCAGAGAGGAAAGUGAAACUAGCUCAAGAACUUGGCCUCCAACCUAGACAGGUUGCCGUUUGGUUCCAGAACCGCCGCGCCCGGUGGAAGACCAAGCAAUUGGAGCGAGAUUACGGCGGUCUCAAAUCCAGUUAUGAAGCUCUUAAGCUUGAUUUUGAAAACCUCCAACAUGACAAUGAAGCUCUUCGAAAAGAGAUAAGGGAGCUGGAAGGUAAGCUCAAUGGAGAAAACACAGAGAGCAAUGUCUCUGUGAAGGAAGAGGUUGUUCUGCCGGAAACAGAUACAAAAAUUUUAGAACAAAGUGAACCGCCGCUGGCUGCUACCUCAUCAGAGCCUCAAGAACUGAAUUACGAGAGCUUGGGCACCUCUCUUCUCCCCGACCUGAAAGAUGGGUCAUCAGACAGUGACUCAAGCGCCAUCCUGAACGAAGACAACAGCCCCAACCCUGCAAUUUCCUCAUCUGGGGUUAUUAUACAGAGCCAGUUCUUGAUGUCCCCGGCAGUCACCUCCUCACCAUCAUCCUCAAUGAAUUGCUUCCAAUUCUCAAAAACAUACCAGCCACAACAUUAUGUGAAGAUGGAGGAGCACAAUUUCUUCAGUGCGGAUGAGACAUGCAAUAUUUUCUCUGACGAGCAACCUCCUUCCCUCCAUUGGUAUUGCCCUGAACAAUGGAAUUAAGUAGAAGAUGUAAUAUCUCCGAAGAAUCCAAGAAAUAAAAGAGAGACGAGAUAAGUAGAGAGCUAGCUCCAACAAUUUUAUAAGCAAGGAUCAAUCUACACUGUGCAAAGUGAAGAUGGAGAUUGAUCAAGAGGUAGGAGUGAGAGUUGGAGAGACGGACGGAGAGGGAGAGGAGAUGGGUUCACGUGGGCGUAGGGGAAAGGUGACGCAAAAUGGGGAUUUUGGGUAAGGCUUGCGGGAAUGCUUACCUUAUGUUGUUACUCGUAACUGGAAGUAAUCUGCUCCUGUAAAUGGAAAAAUCUCUGCAAUCCAUCGUGGGAAAAUUCCUGCAAUGGAGAUAAUAAUCACCAUCAUCAUGUUUAAUUUCCUAGUAGCAUUUUAAUAUUUCUCUCCUUUAAAAAAAAAAAUAAAAAUUAACUACACUC